AUGGACGAUGCUAACAGACUGUGGUUCUGGUUCCACAGCGGCGUACGAACACAGUCGUGUGAGGCGUACAAGCACCGAGGCAACACCAGCGGACACUACCAUGUGGACGUGGACGGUAGUGGACCAGUGAGGCCUCAGCUGGUGUUCUGCAACAUCACAGAGGAGCGAGCCUGGGCUGUCCUCCAACACAACAACACGGAGCUGACCAGGAUCAGCCCGUCGCCGUGGGAACCACAGCACACCGCCCACUUCCACUACAGCGCCGAGGAGGAGCAGCUAAUGGGCCUCAUCAACCAAUCAGAGCACUGCGAGCAGGAGCUGUCCUACUACUGCAAGAAGUCCCGCCUCCUCAACACCCCUGAUGGCUCCCCCUUCAGCUGGUGGGUGGGAGGUCCUGGGUCUGGCCAGGAGCAGGUCUUCUGGGGCGGGGCGGUCCCUGGGAGCAGACAGUGUUCCUGUGGACUUCAGCACACCUGCCUGGACCCCUCCCACUACUGCAACUGUGACGCGGACCGGGAACACUGGACCAAUGACUCUGGGUUGCUGGUGCAGAAGGACACUCUCCCGGUUCGUGCGUUGCUCAUCGGCGACGUGCAGCGGCCCGAGUCUGAGGCAGCCUACAUGGUGGGACCGCUGCGUUGCCAUGGAGAUCGAAACUUUUGGAAUGCUGCGUUCUUUGACAAAGAGACGUCGUACCUGCACUUCCCCACGUUCCACGGAGAGCUCAACGCCGACAUCUCCUUCUUCUUCAAAACGUCCUCGUCCUCCGGAGUUUUCCUGGAAAACCUGGGAAUCAAAGAUUUCAUCCGGAUCGAGCUGAGAUCUCCCUCAGAGGUGGUCUUCUCUCUGGACGUGGGGAAUGGUCCAGUGGAGGUCCAGGUCCAGGUCCAGUCCCCCCUGAAUGAUGACCGCUGGCACCGGGUCUCAGCCCAGAGGAACGUGAAGGAGGCGACGCUGACGGUGGACCAGCACCCGCAGAGCACCCGCAGAGCACCCGCCGACGCUCACAUGCACCUGCAGCUCAACAGCCAGCUCUUCAUCGGGGGAACGGCGUCGCGUCAGAAAGGCUUCCUGGGCUGCCUUCGGGCUCUGCAGCUGAAUGGAGAGACUCUGGACCUGGAGCAGAGAGCCAGGGUGACCCCCGGGGUGAGAGCCGGAUGCCCUGGACACUGCAGCACCUACGGGACCCUGUGUCAGAACCAGGGGCUCUGUCAGGAGAGGGACCGAGGCUUCAGCUGCCAGUGUGGAGCCUCCGCCUUCACCGGAGCAUUCUGCCAUCAAGAGGUGUCAGCUGUCUUCAAAGCCUCCACGUCGGUGCUGUUCUUGCCUAGUGCCUCGUCAGAGUCUGAGGAACAGGGAAUGUCUGGAGAAACCCUGUCUCUGAGCUUCAGGACCCGCCACAGUCCCGCCAUGCUGCUCUACGUCGCCUCCUACAGGCAGCACCUGGCUCUGCUCAUCAACAAACAGGAGGAGCUGGAGCUAGUCUUCCGUGUGGACAGCAGUUCUUAUUGGUGGAGGAGCUCAGGAGCGGAGCUCUGUGAUGGACAGCUGCACUCGGUGACCAUCAACCGGACCAUGGACACACUCCUCAUACAGCGUGAGGCACAGAAACGCUCGGGUCCACUUCAGUGA